UUCUGAUUUCACCGGUGAACAACCAGAAACCAUCCAAACUUGGAGCCAAACCUAUCCAGAAAUGACAGCAACAUCAGCUUAUCCUGAUAACACCAGUGAAGAACCAUUAACCAGCCAUUAUCCAGAAAUGACAGCAACAUCAGCUUAUUCUGAUUUCACCGGUGAACAACCAGAAACCAUCCAAACUUGGAGCCAAACCUAUCCAGAAAUGACAGCAACAUCAGCUUAUCCUGAUAACACCAGUGAAGAACCAUUAACCAGCCAUUAUCCAGAAAUGACAGCAACAUCAGCUUAUCCUGAUAACACCAGUGAAGAACCAUUAACCAGCCAUUAUCCAGAAAUGACAGCAACAUCAGUUUAUCCUGAUAACACCAGUGAAGAACCAGAAACCAGCCAUUAUCCAGAAAUGACAACAUCAUCAGCUCAACUUUCAUGCCAAUACAACUGUGGAAAUGAUAUGGGAAGCUGCUCCUGCUCCUACUCAUGUGGAUGGAAUGGAAAUUGUUGCCCUGACUAUGGCUCUUACUGUGGAUUAACCACUGAAACAGCUGAGGAGACCACCAUGGCUCCACCAUCAUGCCGCCACAACUGUGGAAUCAACCUGGGAAUCUGUUCCUGCUCCAGCUCCUGCCAAUACAAUGGAAACUGCUGUUAUGACUUCUACUCCUACUGUGAUUACACCACCAACUAUCCUACCACAUCUUAUCCUGAUAACACCAGUGAAGAACCAUUAACCAGCCAUUAUCCAGAAAUGACAGCAACAUCAGCUUAUCCUGAUAACACCAGUGAAGAACCAGAAACCAGCCAUUAUCCAGAAAUGACAACAACAUCAGCUUAUUCUGAUUUCACCAAUGAACAAACAGAAACCAUCCAAACCUGGAGCCAAACCUAUCCAGAAAUGACAACAACAGCAGCUUAUUCUGAUUUCACCAGUGAACAACCAGAAACCAGCCAUUAUCCAGAAAUGACAACAACAGCAGCUUAUUCUGAUUUCACCAGUGAACAACCAGAAACCUUCCAAACCUGGAGCCAAACCUAUCCAGAAAUGACAACAACAGCAGCUUAUCCUGAUAACACCAGUGAACAACCAGGAACCAGCCAUUAUCCAGAAAUAACAACAACAACAGCUCAACAAUCAUGCCGAUAUAACUGUGGUAAUCACAUGGGAAGCUGCUCCUGCCAAAGCUCCUGCCAGUACAAUGGGAACUGCUGUCAUGACUACAAUUCCUACUGUUCAGUUGAAACCACAACCUCAGGGUCAUGUGGAGGCUCCCUGUCUGGCUCUGGCACUUUUACAAGCCCCAAGCAUCCCGGCCACUAUAGCGACAACUCCUACUGUGUGUGGCAGAUCAGAGCUGCAUACAACCAAAGGGUCUUCCUGGAAUUUUCUUACCUGGAGUUGGAGAACUGUUGCAGCUGUGACUAUAUUGCACUCUAUGACGGGCCGACUGUUUAUUCACCAUACUUGGGGAGAGUGUGCAACAACAGUGUGAGCCCUUUCUAGUCCACCUCCAACUACAUGACUGUGCUCUUCCGGACAGACAGCUCUAUGGUCGGCCGAGGAUUCAGGGCUGAGUUUAUAAGCUCUCUGAAACCCGGCUCAGGUAGUGUUGACUGCUCCUCAGACAACAUGAGCAUUGUCAUCAAUAGAGCUUACCUGAACUCUCUGGGAUAUGACGGCCACAAU